CGGCCGCGGCACUGCGCAGGAUGCGGGGCAAGGAUGAGGAGUACGACUUCCUCUUCAAGGUGGUGCUCAUCGGGGACUCGGGCGUGGGGAAGAGCAACCUGCUGUCCCGCUUCACCCGCAACGAGUUCAACCUGGAGAGCAAGAGCACCAUCGGGGUGGAGUUUGCCACCCGGAGCAUCCAGGUGGACAACAAGACGGUGAAGGCACAGAUCUGGGACACGGCCGGGCAGGAGCGGUACCGCGCCAUCACCUCCGCGUACUACCGCGGGGCGGUGGGAGCGCUGCUGGUGUACGACAUCGCCAAGUACCUGACGUACGAGAACGCCGAGCGCUGGCUGACAGAGCUGCAGGACCACGCUGACGCCAACAUCGUCAUCAUGUUGGUGGGCAACAAGAGCGACCUGCGGCACCUGCGCGCCGUGCCCACCGACGAGGCCCGGAGCUUUGCAGAGAAGAAUGGGCUCUCCUUCCUUGAGACGUCGGCUCUGGAUUCCACCAACGUGGAGAUGGCGUUCCACAACAUCCUCUCCGAGAUCUAUCGCAGCGCGGCACAGCGGCAGAUCGCGGCGCAGCCCGAGGCGCAGUUCGGCCCCAGCAGCUCCGUGGAGCCCAUCCAGGUGCUGCCCACGCAGGACGGCCGCCAGGCGCAGUGCUGUCAGAGCAUCUGAGCCUCUGCUCAGCGCCUUCCUCAGCGACGCUGCGGGACGCUGCUGUGCGCUGCCUUCCUCCCCGCGUUUAUGAAGGACCUGCAGCGAGGGAAGGGAGAAGCAUCCCUGUGUUGUAUCCAUAUUUACGUAGGAGCUGCACAAAAGAGAACAGAAGAGCAUCUCUUCCUCAUCCCUGCACUGGUGUAGGACUUACACUAAGGGAGGGGAGAAACAUCUCUGUGUUGUCCCUGAAUUUAUGUAGGACCCACACGAAAGGGGAGGGAGAAACAUCUCCACGUUAUCCCUCGUGUUUACGUAGGAUCUGCGCCCUCCUGCUGGGGUUUGGGCUGCAUCACCCCCCCUGUCACCCCAACGUGUACCCAUGUCACCCCCCAUGUCACCCCAACGUGUCCCCAUGUCAC